AUGAAAGCGGCACAAGGCUGUUGGACAUGUAAGAAUUUCGUCGCAUGCAGUGUAGCAGGUCUUGCCAGCGUCGAAAGGUACCCUCAAAGCCGGGAGCGCAGAUACUUGAACUUUACCAAUAGGGAUUUUCGCCUUGCCGAGAAGCGCCUUGCCGAGACACACCUCACCUGGCAUCCUUUCAUGGAAAGAAUCUCUGCAAGACCAAGCCUUGCUCUCUCGCCCCACUCACCCGUAGUUGGCGAAGAUGCCAUGCUCUUGGCUUAUUACGAGCAGAUCAUAGCACCAAUGUGUUCAACAACUCGGGCGCUAAACGGCUUUCGACAUCACAUUCUGUCCAUAGCAUUGUCCCGCCGAGAUCGGGCCACAAGAGCUUUGUGCCGCUCCAUGCUGGCUAUUGCCGCACAUCACCGUCAGAGACCACGUGCUGCGCUGACUCACAAAACGGGCGCCAUGAAGGCUCUGUACGAAUCUCUCGCAGCGCCAUCAGACGAUGAUUCAGUUCUAGGCGCCGAGGCACAACUAGCUACUAGCAUGAUGCUGUGCAUGUAUGAUGUCUUCGAUGAACAAGAAGCUCAAUUUCAUUUGCACCUGAACGGCGCUAAGAAGAUCUUGAGCAAAAUGAGUCCGCUCCAACGGGAGCACCCGGUGUCCCAAUUUCUCAUGGAAUGGUUGCUGUAUUAUGAUGUUCUGAGCGACUUCGCUCAUCCUUGUCGAAGUAUUCAGGAUGAGUUGAGACUACCUUUCUACUCAAAUCCGGUGCCAAAUUUGAUAGUUGGCCUUCUCGGCUGCUCUAUAGAGGUCUUCGAAAGUAUCUCUUCCAUCAACCAAAUGCGCACAAUGAUACUUGACCUAGAUGCCGAACAUCAUGUCCCGGAUAAGACUUUCGAGCAAAGAGCGGCUGUAGAACAGAAAUUACAGAUUGCAUGGCAGCAGCUGAGCCCCGAUGAAGUCGCCACCUCCACGGACGCACAAAUGAAAGCUGCAUUGGCGACCGCAGAACUGUAUCGUUUAGCGAGUCUACUGUAUCUACAGCGUGUUGUACCUGACAUCGGCGACGAGGUGCGAAGGGCGGCCUACUUACGCCAGGCAUUUGCAGCUUUGAAUGAUGUCCCAGUAGCCACAGGACCAUGGCCUGUUUUUAUAGUCGCAUGCGAAGCACGUACGGACGAGGGGCGCAUUUAUAUCCUCGAAAUUCUCGAUCAAAUGGACAAGGUUCGAAAUGUUGGGAAUGUCCGCGUCAUGCGCACUAUAUUGGAGACAAUUUGGAAGCAGCAGGAUCUGCGGGAACAUUCCGGCAUGACUGAGAUGAAGCAAUGGUGGCUUUGUGCCGACAGCAGCGUUGCGGUUCCUUGGUUUGUCUAA